CGCCGGUGUCGACCUCUCGCACCGUCGCUCCAUCGCGUUGACGCAUAUUUGAGACGCAUAUAGGAAUAUAAUGGUGUUAUCGAGAGUAGCGCUAGUCGGAUAGGUGGCAGGUAAAGCGGAAAGUAGUUCAGUAGCCAGGCCGGUGCGGUGGUCGAUCGGUAGCGCUUGCGGCGCGAGUGGGUCGGGCUGCGGCGACUCGUUGAGCGCUCCAGAGCCAGCUGGCGGUGUUUACACGCCGCGCCUGCACCCACGUUCCGCACGCCCCGUGCGCUUGCUCGCUGCAACAUACACCCUUCAUAUUACAUUCGUCGCUGUGAAUAUUUAAACUUUAUGAACGAGCAACGUUAGAGCAUGGAGUCGUAAAGCAUCAUCACAGACACGGAACCCAACGUUCUCAGAGUUUGAACCGCGGGCACUCUCUGUCGCGCUCUGAUGGCACCUGGUGACAUCACGGGACCACGGGCAGCGUAGUUCAGUGCGCCGAAUGCGGCGCGCGCACAAUGGGCAACAAACUAUCUUGCUCUUGCGCGCCGAUCCUCCGCAAGGCGUACCGGUAUGAGGACAGCCCGUGGCAGAAUUCUAGACGCCGUGAUGGACAUCUAUUAAGACUAUGGGCGGAGGUAUUCCACGUGUCUGCGAGCGGUGCAGGCACUGUGAAGUGGCAGCAGGUCUCCGAGGACCUGGUGCCAGUGAACAUCACCUGCAUCCAGGACUCGCCCGAAUGCGUGUUUCAUAUCACCGCAUACAACUCUCAAGUGGACAAAAUACUCGAUGUUAGACUAUUGCAGCCUGGUACCCGUAUCGGGCAAGCAUCUGAAUGCUUCGUCUAUUGGAAGGAUCCUAUGACGAAUGAUACUUGGGGCCUCAACUUCACAUCCCCGAUUGACGCAAAACAGUUCAGGGAAUGUUGCUCGCCUUCAUUUAAAUUCUCACGGAAGGCAUCGUCGAGCUACAGCCUCAAGCUGGAGCCCCCGGGGAGCAAACAGAAGUUCAAAACCAAGCGGAAACCAGUCUCUACACCAGCUAGUCCAAAUCGGUCAAGUCUCACCUACGGUCGUGAACCACAAUGCACUUGCAUGACUCAAGAACAAUAUGCAAGGUUGAGAGCUCAAGAUCCAAGAUAUCGCUCAUCAACAUUACCGCGUACAACAACUCGCGCUAUAGAAACAGACGCGAGCGCGGCGGGCGCGGCCCGCUCUGAGAAGGUCGCCGCCGCCACAUCCUCCACAUCGCUCUACGACAAUGUCGCCAGCACCCAGCCGACCGCACAACAACCACCCAAACCGGCAGCCCGUCAGAGCGACACUCAGCCACCGGCCCGUCCCCCCAAGUCGCAAGAGACUUCCACAAUGACUACCAACACUUCUACAGCACCGAAGACUGUAACCGCUUCUGUUGGCACACAUGGCACUAGUACUGCUGAAGAUACAGCGCAAGCCAACACAGGAACAACAAACCAACACGGUCAAGAUCUGAAAUCUGAGGGGGUGCAAGCUGGAGGCACAUUGACCUCCUCCAAAUCCUCUGCAACAUCGACACGCUCUGGGAAAGAGCAUUUGCAGCACAUGCCAAAGAGCAUUGAUUAUGGCGAUGGCAAUGAAUCGUCUCGUGAGUCAGACAGGCACGUACAUAAUCACAAUGUGAUCAACAACAACACUUCGGGAUCACGUCGCACAAAGUCUAAAAGCACUGAAGAUAUGAAUAUGGAUUCGAGUACCCUAAAGCGGAUGCUAAAACCAAUGCCAUCAACGGAGAGUCCCAUAACAUCACCAGAGAUGGGUCGGCGGCGCUACGGGGCGUGCCCAUCAUCCUGCUCGCAUGGACACCGUCACCCACACCCGCAUCAUGGCCACUACGCGCACGUGGUCAACAAUAACAGCCGACAGUCCUCACAGCGGUACUCGUCUGCUAGCCGUGGGGUUGGCGUGGGCGCUGCACCAAGUGGAUACCCCGGCCGUGGGUUAUACCUGGAGCUGGGCGGUGAGCGCGACGUGUCACCCCCAUCAGAUAACGUCAUGUUCGACAACCAGUGCUACGCCACCACACCCUCGUCGUCGAACGGCAAUUCCGAUCAAGAGCACUGCCAACGCAGGGACCCGCGGCAGCAUCAUCAUAUGAAACCAUGUCUCUCGCGCCAAGCGUCCCAACAAAGCGCAACUCCAGCACCGGGGUCACCGACCUCUCGGCUCCUUCUCGAAUAUGAGAUGCAUUUGAGGAACACUCUUGCGAAAGGAAUGGACGCUGAAAGUUACAGCCUACACACCUUUGAAGCCCUGCUGAGUCAGAGCAUGGAGGAUUUGGAGUACAACGACAAUCUGCCUCCUUCAAACCAGCGAAGUCCCUAUCCACCAAGGAGACGUCCUGGAUCCCAAUGUUCAGGAGGAGGCAGUCGAUCUUCAACAUUGCCCCUACCACAUCGCAUGGGGGUGGAGAGACAACACAGCGCACGAUCUGAUAGAGACGGAUAUUAUAGCGAUCGCAAUGAAUUAAUGCGGGAGCGGGAAAGGGAACGUGAGCGUGAAAGGGGAUAUUUGAGCGAUCAUAACACAAGGGAUCGAGUGAGGGAUCGCGACCAAGGAUACUUGAGCGAUCAUCAAUCAAGUUUCGUGAGCGCGUCCCGUUGCGCGUCAUGCAUCGGCGAGUCGGCCCGCUCGGCGUGGUACCGGCACUCGGACGGGUGGCGCGGCGCCCAGCCGCCCGGCCCGCGCCGCUCGCCCUGGGACUCGCUGCCCAGCCUGCGCCACGAGGGAAGCCUAAACGACUCCGGAUAUAGAAGCAAUCGCGCUGAUAGCUUCGAACAACGCGGUGUAUUCGAUCGCCAAGACAGCAUCCGCUCAGAGUACACGAGCGACCGGGAGUCCACGCGGUACGGCAUCGUGCAGCAAGCUUCCAUCGAUAGCACGGAUUCCAGGAUAUGCUAUUUGACUUCUAGUGAGAUAUCAGACGACGAUCGCAUGUCGUUGACGACAGCGGUAUCUGAUGAAGAAGAUCCCGGAGAGAGCGCCAUGAAUUCACCGUAUAAAGGCAAACAAACUGGAGCUGCGGCAGCUUCAUUUAAUUGCACUGGUGCUGUUAGAAAAGCAGGAUUCUUGAGCGUCAAGAAGUGGUUGCUUCGUAAGAAACAUCAAAUAGAGCUGGCGAGGAAACGCGGCUGGAAGGGAUAUUGGGUUUGCCUGAAGGGGACGACGUUACUGUUCUACCCGUGCGACUCGCGCGAGGGCCGCUCGGUGGAGGCCGCGCCCAAGCAUCUCAUCAUCGUGGACGGCGCUAUCAUGCAGCCGAUACCCGAGCAUCCCAAACGAGAUUACAUAUUCUGCCUGAGCACCGCUUUCGGCGAUGCGUAUCUGUUCCAGGCGCCGUGUCAGGUGGAGCUCGAAAACUGGGUGAACAGCAUACAUAGUGCAUGCGCCGCGGCGUUCGCGCGACACCGCGGCAAGACCGGAACGCUGCACCUACUUCAGGAGGAAAUUUACCGUCUCGAAAAAGCCAUUGAAUCGGACCACAAAUUGAAACACAUGGCAGACCUGCAACAGUCGGUCGUAUCUGACCCGGAAACGAGAGCUCAGUUGGCGGUGCAAAUGUUACAAUGGGAGGAGAAUCUUGAGCGACUGCACUGCGAACAAUUCCGCCUGCGAUGUUAUAUGGCCAGCUUGCAAAGCGGCGAACUUCCCAAUCCUAAGUCGCUGCUGACGCACGUGUCACGCGGCACGAAGAGCACGCUGAACAAGCUGGGCGUGUUCACCGUGUCGUCGUUCCACGCGUUCAUCUGCGCGCGCUCGCCGUCGCUGCUGAACAACCUGCUGGCGGGCCGCGGGGCCACCAAGCGGCGCGCGCCCAACCUCUCGCGUUCUAACUCCGGCUCCAGCCGCCGAUCCAUGCAGAUGUCGCGCGAGGAGGGCGAAGCGGCCGUCCGCGUGUCUCUCCCCGAGGGCACGACGGCCACAGUGGGCGUGCGCGAGGGCAUGACGGUGGAGGAGUUCCUCGCCGCCGCGUGCGCGCGCCGCUCGCUCAACGCGCUCGAACACUUCGUGCGGGUGAAGAAGCGCCGCGAUAUGGAGGACCACAACUACUUCGUGCCGCACCGAUCCGAUCUCAUUGAGACUUACUUGCACACCCACGAAGUAGUGGAAGUAUGCGCUAAGAUCCUCUACCAAGUGGAGCUGCAGCGCACCACGCUCGACCAGAUGUGGGGCUUCAGUGUGGAGGCCGAGCUCAUUGAGAAUGCGGAGAGACAGGACGAGCUGUGUUGCUAUGUGAGCCGCGUCGAGGAUAAGAGCGUUGCUAUGCAGAAUGGUAUAAUUAAAGGUGACGAAAUAAUGGUGAUCAACGGAGCGAUAGUGUCGGACCUCGACAUGAUGUACCUGGAGAGCGUGCUGCAGGAGGAACUGUCGCUCGUCAUGAUGAUGAGAUCGUCCCGCACGGAGCCGCCGGAGCUGAGCGGCGCGAUGCGCGCGGCCACGGACGACAUAAUCGAUUCGCUCGUGUGUCCGCCGCCGCCCACCGACCCGCCCGUCAUCUCCGACGACAUGAUAUCCGGCCUCAUCGUGCCCGCGCCCGCCUGGACAGGUAAGGAGCUGUACAGCCCGGAGGCGGAGCACGCGGACGGCGCGGCGACCGGACCUCCGAAAGUUAGUUCUCGAACUAAUUCAUUUGAGAUCGAAAACCUACUCAAGUGCGGUGUGCGGCAGAGCGCGGAGCAGGUGACGGGCUGGUGCCGCUCGCCGGGCGACACGCGGCGCGCGAGCCCCACCGGCGCGCCCGCGCUCACGCCCAGCCGCCACCUGUCCGACGCCGACAAGCUGCGCAAGGUGCUCGCCGAGCUCGUCGACACGGAGCGCGCUUAUGUCAAGCAUCUCAAUAAUUUAUUGGAAAACUACUUGGAACCGCUGAAGAAGGAAACUUUUUUAUCAAACGCCGAGAUCAACGCUCUCUUCGGAAACAUUCAAGAGAUAGUAACUUUCCAAAGACAGUUCUUACAAAACUUAGAAGAAGCGCUUGAAGCCGAACCGAACUUCAAUCAUUUUGAAUUUUCCAAUCAAUUUAAGAACAUACUCUUUGCAGUGGGAAACGCUUUCCUCUAUUACGUAAAUCACUUCAAAUUAUAUAGCUCGUUCUGCGCUAGUCAUAGCAAGGCGCAGAAAGUCUUACAUCCAAAUGAAGGUAAUCAAGCGUUGCAAGAGUUCCUAGCGGCUCGCAAUCCGAAGCAACAACACUCGUCAACUUUGGAAUCGUAUUUAAUUAAACCGAUUCAGCGAAUACUUAAAUAUCCGCUAUUACUUCAACAACUCCGAAAUUUGACUGAUGUCAAUUCUGAAGAACAUCUUCAUUUAGUUGAGGCUCUGAAAGGAAUGGAAAAGGUUGCUGAACACAUCAAUGAAAUGCAACGAAUACAUGAGGAAUACGGUGCUAUAUUUGAUCACUUAUUUAGACAACAUCAAAAGUCUUGUAAGCAACCCAUAGAUCUAAGUCCCGGUGAUUUGUUAUAUUAUGGAGGAGUAGAAUGGUUAAAUAUAUCAGACUUUUUAGGAAAAAUUAAAAAAGGUUUAGAGUUACACGCUAUGUGUUUUGUAUUUAAAUCCGCCGUUGUCUUCCUCUGCAAAGAAAGACUGAGACAGAAGAAAAAGUUGAUGGGUGUUUCGUCAAAGAACAAUUCGAACGAGGUAGAAAUAAUUAGAUAUCAAGUACUGAUCCCGGUGACCGAGGUGCAAGUUCGCGCUUCUUCCGCCAAGGACAUGGACAGCCACUUCCUGUGGGAGCUCAUACACUUGCGCAGUCAGCUGCAGCGACGCUCGGAGAAAGUCUACGUGCUGUCUAAUAGCACGGCGGACUUCCGCAACGCGUUCCUGAAGACGAUCCGGCAGAUCAUCCGCGAGUCUGUGCGCAACAUGUCGCUGCCGAGCGCGCGGCCCGCGCCCGCCCCGCCGCGCGCCCCGCACCCGCACGCGCACACCACGCACACGCUCGACCGCCCCAAGCAGCAGGUUCAGGUCAUGCAAGGAUCGCAAACACUAGGGAAAACAAAGAAGCCAAAAACAUCGGGACAGCGAUUGUCUGCCGGAAACAUAGAGGUCGGUAAUUUGUCCCGAGAAAAUUCUCAAGAUGCAGAGGAUGUUCCACAAGAAAUUGACGAUCAAUCGUUCAGGCAAAGAAGCAAAACUAUGGGUGAGGCCGCAGGCCCAGAGAGCGCGGGCGCGGACCGCGGGCCGGGCGCGGAGAGCGGCGCGGAGAAGGGCGAGGCGGGCUCCAAGUCGGAGGGCGAGGACGAGCCGCCGCCGCCGCCCGCCAAGCGAGGGUUAGGCCGCACUCCCAACCACCUCACUCUCAGCACGACAUCAACUCUGAGCGCGGGCAGCACGGGCAGCCAGGCGCGGCUGAUCCAGUCGUCGCACCAGCCCGCGCAGUACCAGCCCACGAUGGUCAAGGAGCUAGGUAAGCAAGAGUCGCAGUCGCUCAAGUCGUCGCCCGAGCGGCGCUCGCGGGUCGCGCGCUCGGGCAGCGGCAGCGACCUGCCGCGCGUCGUCGUCUGCAAGUCGCCCAACAAGUCGCCCAACAAGUCGAGCCUCAAGUCGAGCAAGUCGCCGGGCCGCUCGCCGCGCGCCGCGCUCGACCGCGCCAAGUCGCCCAGCGUGGAUAAGGCGCGCUCGCCGCAGCAGAGCUUCGACGGCGGCAAGGCCCCGCGUGGCGGCAUCAUGAAGUCCCGCGAGAGCAGCGUCGACCGCGCCCGCUCGCCCAAGCCGGCGCCCAAGAAGGGCAUCAUGCGCACCCCGCAGGCGAGCUUCGAUAGAUCCCCCUGUAAAUCGCCAAACGUCAGUCGUCGUUCGUCCAAGUCGAGCGGCGAGAAACUGGCCAGACUGGGCACGAAUUCGUUGGAUAGAAUCACCCACUACUCUCAGCUGGCGAAGGUCGAGGAUAAAGCUAUCAAAAUGGGCAUCGUCGUGUCCAAGUCGACGGAAUCCAUCGCCAAAGCGAUCGAGCACCCCACGUGCGUCGAGUGCUACCUGUCCGGGAAGAAACAGAGCAAGACCUCCUAGCAUAAGGGGAAGGGCAAGUACCCGAAGAGCCGCAAAAAGUCAAUGAUGCCUCAGUCCAUCCUCACGUCGUCGGACCGCAGCAGCGUGGAGACUCUGGACGGCGUCGCGCUCGAGCGGUACUGCCCUUCGGCCCGGCACUGCAACAACGCUGACUUCGAUCAGAUUCAUGUUUAACUUCGCUCGUUUAUUUUCGUUCAUUCGUUUCGUCUAUGGAAGGAAGCGACGUCGCUCUUACGGGAGCCGCCGCUCUAUUGAAUCGACUGGUUAUAAUGGAAUUGAUUAGAGGAGAAUAAGAAAAUGUACUGUUUAAAUUAAUGUUACCGUCUAAUUUAUUUUCACUGCAUUCACGAUUGUUCCGAAUAUACAUUAAUAAUCUAAAUAUAGCGUAGAAACGAACUAAAACACCAAUAUAUUAUAUAAUGUAGUAGACUAUUCCUAACACCAAUGAAAUGUUACUACUCGUUCCCUACCAGUAAUUUUACUAAGGUUCAAAUAACGUAUACGUGAAAUGUUAGCCUGUACUCGAAAUCCAUGUCGAAAGGGUACUUUAUUACCACUGCACCUCAACGGAGAUGAAAUAUUACCACACGAUUGUGACGUAGUAGUAAUUAAUAGUUUUUAAUUAAAUAGUAUAAGAUAUAUAAUAUUUGAAACUUUAAUCAUAGAAUCCAAGUGCUAAGUGUUAUAAUAUAAUGGCUGUGGAAUCGAACUGACGUGUAAUCCUUAAUCGACUAUUAUUAUUGUACUAUUAAAAACUUUCCCUUGAGAUCAUUUAUUAUUUUAUUGAUUUUAUAAUAUUUGUAAGUAUAUAAAUUCAGUAUAAUUAUAAUAUCUUCUUACUUAACCAUGAAUUUAUAAGUAACCUACCAUUAAUUAUUAAGUCUUCCAUUUAUCAAAACAUAAUAAUAAUUAUUUUAAUAAUUUAUUAUGUUCCUGCUCAAUUUAGAAUUAAGUUGAAAUACUUAUUUUCACUAUCAUCUUUAUCCUGUUAUAUUUUUAAUACUUUUUAAUGAGAAAAUAAUUGUAUAUUAUUGUUAACACGUUUAUUGUUGUGAACAUUAUUUGGACCUUAUUUGAGCUAUUAUGAAAAGAAAAAUCUAAAAAAAAAUCUUAUCGUAAUCAAAUAGUGGUAGAGCAUAAUAUUUAACAAUCUAUGAGUACUUUACGUAAUGCUAUAAUGCAAUAUUAUAAUAAUAUCAUAGCUAUUCAAUGGUAACCUAUCGUAUUAAAUCAUAUUAAUGUACUAUUCUAUUAUGAUACUAGUAAAAAUACGUAAAUAAAAUUUAAUGAAUCAAAAUUGUAUGACACAAUUACGUAAAUCUCUGUAAGUAACCUUUAAUACUAGACAUUAGCACCUGCACGGAUAUCUAUUGUAAGUUUUUCUCGAUGUCGCACUCACCGUCUAUUGGUUUAACUUGGUAAGAGUUAAUAAAAAAAUAAAUAAACACGCACUUCAAAAAUAUGCAUUUAUUCUUAACGCUUUAGCCACAUAGUGUUAUAAGUUUUUAAAAUCGUUUCAAAAAGUAUCUCCGAAGUUUUACUUGAAUGUUCGAUGAUAAUGUUGACGAACGGAACCUAACGCCAAUUAAUCAGUUUAGCGUAAUUUCAAUUUCUUUUCUAAGUAAAGUGUUGUCGGGUGAACGCUUGUAAGCUUAUAGACCCACCGCAGGCGGCGAAACGCGGUUGUCGGGCGGGCGAGACGCACAAUCGCGUUUCGGCCAAUGCGGUCUGGCCGCUAGUACCGCAACUGUGUUAGCGAACCUGCCGCGUCCGCGUCGCCGAAGCGAAGAGCGAUCAGUUUGCAAUUUUUAUCGAAAGUCUCACGUCGAUCGCACGUUCCGCGCAUUUAAAACUCGAAAGGUUCGCCACCACAGCUCGACGACAACAUUCAUCAAACAUUCAACUCUUUUCGCGAUUCCGCCGGGCCCUGGAUACUAUGUUGCGAUUCUAAAUUGACACGAACGAACGAAUGAACUCGAAGAGUGUAAAAGAGUUCGGUGUUUGGUGUGUUGUAGGAUCGCCGGUGUGGAAACCGCGCGACGUGUUGAGCGAGGCGGGCGGGGGCGGCGCGGGGGGCGCGGGAGCUGCGGGGAGUGCGGGGGGCACGCCCACCACGCUGCCGCGCUCGCAGCGCCCCGCGC